CGGGAAGAGUAAAUGAGAGAAGAACCAGUUGAUAUUGUAACCUCCAGAGAAUGGGUAUCACUGGUCUGUUGCCAUUCCUUAAGAAGAUCCAUGUACCAACAAAUAUAUCCCAAUUCCAAGGAGCAACUGUUGCGGUGGAUGUGUAUUGCUGGCUUCACAAAGGAGCAUUUUCUUGUGCUGAGAAAUUGGCAUUUGGAGAGGACACAGAUCAGUAUAUAUACUAUUGUAUGAAAUAUGUUAACUUUAUGAUCAGCAAAAAUUUGAAACCGAUUCUGGUGUUUGAUGGCUGUCAUCUUCCUUCCAAAAAAGAUGUCGAAGACAGCAGGAGAGAACGGCGAAAAGUUUACCGUCAAAAGGCUGCACAGUUUUUGAAAGAAGGCAAACGAAGUGAAGCCAGGGAAUGUCUCCAGAGAUGUGUGGAUAUUACUCCAGACAUGGCUAGAAAACUGAUUGAGGUGUGUCAAAAACAAGGGAUUGAUUGCAUUGUUGCCCCUUAUGAAGCUGAUGCUCAGUUGGCCUAUUUAGCACAAUCUGGAAUUGCCCAGAUCAUUGUCACCGAAGACUCCGACUUGUUACUGUUUGGUUGUGACAAAGUGAUUUUCAAAAUGGAUUUGUAUGGAAAUGGCAUCAUGAUUGAAAAAUCCAGACUAAAUGAAGUCGUUGACAUCAGAGAUGGAUUCUACACCUUCAGUAAAUUUAGACACAUGUGUAUUCUAUCUGGCUGUGACUACUUAAGUUCUUUACCUGGCAUUGGUUUAGCAAAUGCUUGUAAAGUAUUCAAAUUAGCCAGACAGGCAGAUCUUAGACAGCUUCUUCGUAAAAUACCAUCUUAUUUAAAUAAAUCGUUCAGUGUGCCCAACGACUACAUUGAGGGUUUCAUCCGUGCUGAGAACACAUUCCUUUAUCAGUUGAUAUUUGAUCCCUUAACUCGAAAAUUGGUCCCUCUCAACCCUUAUGCCGAAGAUCUUAGACCCGAUGACCUUCACUAUGCCGGAGAAUACAUUCCAACAUCUGAAGCUUUCAAUAUUGCUUUGGGUAACACUGACAUUCAAACAAGAAAGAAACUAUCAAGCUUCAAUCCUGACACAGACUUGAAUUCCGGUCCUGAGGUAGCAGCUAAAUAUAAUGGUCCUCAUAUGCUGAGCAUUUGGAACAGGAAUUAUCGAAUUCUUUCUAAAGGAUUGCAGGAAAAGUCACCACUUAAAGAACGGCCGAGUUUAAAGAAUAAAGAAAUUGUCACAGAGUUUAAAGUUGCUCAACAACCACGAAAGCGACUCAGAAAUGUUGAAAAUUGUUUGGAAUCAAAGUCUGAUAACGAGUUAUCACACAUUUACUCUCUGGAAAGUCCCUCAGUGAAAAAGACAAAGCUACCUUCCAAAAUAGACGAGAAUGCCUGCGUGAUCGAUGAAUCCGUUCUUAUUCUGAGAUCUUUACUUAACGAGCAGGAUGAUGAGAGUUCCAACGAUAAACCAACGACAGAUGAGGAGUGCCUGGAAACAGAUUUCACUUCCAUUAAAGAAAGCAAAAUCUCCCAUUUAGACACGAAUCCUAGCAACGAAAGCCAGAAUCCUGAUUCGAUGGCAGUUUUGAGCAAGGAAAACUCUAGUCAAAUUCAAGAAGCAGCUAAGCAAACUGACAUGAAACAGAAGUUAAAUUCCACACAUCAAAAUAAGUUUGCCAUUUUCAAAGAAGUCAAGAGAUUUGAUAUCAAUGCUCCAAAAGUCCAAAGUCGAUAUUUCCGACCAGAGAAGGAAGAGGAAAAGAAAGAGGAUAAUGUCACUACAAAACCUUCUCGUUUAUCUCAACUAUUUAAGGAAGAAACAGCCUGCCCUAAAGUAAUGGAAGACAAAUCAGCAAACAACAACAACAAUGGUGAUGAUGAUGAUGAUGACGAUGAUAAAAUUGAGGAUAAUAAUAAUAAUAACAAUAACAACAACAGCCAAAAUGUCUCACCCUCAGGUGUGAAUAAAGAGAUUAAACUUCAAAACAAAACAUUAUCUGUUCUGUCUGCUUUCUCUUGGGGGAAACGCAGUACCAGUUAUGGCAGCACCAACAAACUAACUCCCGAACCUGUCCCCCAGGGAUCUGAUGACGAAGUGUGUGAACUGUCGCCAAUACCACAGAUCUCUGACGGCACAAAGGAGGCCGCAUCGACAACCGAUUGGACAUCUGACACUCGGGCCAACUCGACUAUGAAUAGUUUGGAGAAUGGAAGCGAACUCUUUGAUUCUGGAAUAGGUUGUUCUCCUCCGGCCCUGAGUCGAAGUUCUUCUAAAUUGGAAGCAGAUAUCAUUGACCUUGAUACUGGCUCCCAGCAAUCCGUAAUGGGACUUGAAAGUGCCUCCCAGCAAUCCGUAAUGGGACUCGAAAGUGCUUCUCAGCAAUCCGUAAUGGGGCUUGAAACUGGCUCCAAGCAAUCCAUAAUGGGACUUGAAACAUGCUCGCAGGACACCGUCUUUGGUUUCAAUUCAUUGUUUUUGUCAUCACAGGUAGGCACACCUAGAAUUUCGACUGCAGCAUCGAAAUCACCCAAAACACCAAAAUGCCGUGUGUCUGGACUGUCCAAGAAGACUACGAAGAAAUCGUCCAGUGUUGCUGCAAUCAAAAAACUUGAUGGUCAGCAAUCUAUCAAAGAUAUGUUUGCUAAGUUUGCCUAUACCAAAGAAUCCAAAUCUCGUAUGGCGUAGAAAUUCCUGAAGGGCUCCAUUUUGUUACAACUCUUGAGAUUUUUCAGAAGUUCCAAACAACACGAUCAUUUGUAAAUUUUAUGAAAUUGGAACCACAAUAAUGUCUUUUGGCAUUCUUAUAUGGAAUUUACUGAGAGGGAUUUUUAUUGUAAAUAAAUUUAUUUUAAUAAUUUUAAUUAUAAAUAAAAUGUAAUAUUCUUAUAAAUUUA